ACCGUAUCCGCUGUUACCCUGCUGUCGGAGGAAAUGGCGGCUGUCAGGUGCAGCGGGCUUCCCUCUGUCCAACCGCUCCACUUCUGUCCCAGUUGACACGUAGGCUGUGUCGGUGGCUGUGUUCGGAACCGGGUCCGUGGGUCCGUGGGGAGCAGAAGUAUGGUUUUCAGCGGCGGACAGCCCCGCGGGUGUCGGACGGUCCACACAUAACAGGAUCCCAGUCGUCGGUGAAUAUUAGCGUGGAGCGUUGACGAGGGAAUGGCCAAAGAACAGAAGGCGAGCCGAGCCGAGACCUUCGUGUUGUCUGGAUCCAACGGUCACAAUGGGCAGCAGUGGCAGCCCGCUAUGAACGCUGCAGCGGCGCAGAACCAGAACCACCCCCACCCCCCCCUAGACCAGCAGCGCCGCUCAACCAUGGCCCGGGUGGCCUGGGAUGUGCGUCAGAAGUGCGCCGCGUACGUGCUGGCGCUGCGGCCGUGGAGCUUCAGCGCUUCUCUGACGCCGGUGGCCCUGGGCAGCGCCUUGGCCUACAAACUGGAGGGUUCGGUGGACCUGCUGGUCCUGGUGGUGUGUGCCGUGGCCGUCCUGGUGGUCCACGGGGCCGGGAACCUGGUCAACACAUACUACGACUUUUCCAAAGGGAUCGACCACAAGAAGAGCGACGACAGGACUCUGGUGGACGAGAUCCUGGCGCCGCAGGACGUGGUUCUGUUUGGGGCGCUGCUGUACUCUCUGGGCUGUUUAUGCGCCACGCUGCUCUACUUCCUGUCCACGCUGCGACUGGAACACCUGGCACUCAUCUACUUUGGGGGGCUGUCCAGUUCUUUUUUAUACACAGGAGGUAUCGGUCUGAAGUACGUUGCCCUUGGAGACGUGGUCAUCCUCAUCACCUUUGGCCCGUUGGCGGUCAUGUUCGCCCACGCCGUGCAGGUGGGUUACCUGUCGGUGCUGCCGCUGGUCUACGCCGUGCCGCUGGCGCUCAACACCGAGGCCAUCCUGCACAGCAACAACACCAGGGACAUGGACUCGGACAAGCAGGCGGGCAUCGUGACCCUGGCCAUCCUGGUGGGACCCACGCUGUCCUACGUCCUGUACAACCUGCUGCUGUUCGUGCCCUACGUGCUCUUCUGCAUCCUGGCCACGCGCUACACCAUCAGCAUGGCGCUGCCGCUGCUCACACUGCCCAUGGCCUUCCCCCUGGAGAAGCAGUUCCGCGGACGCCGCUACGCCAAGAUCCCCCAGAAGACGGCCAAGCUCAACCUGCUCAUGGGCCUGUUCUACGUGUUCGGCAUCAUCCUGGCGCCGCCGGGCAGCCUGCCGCUGCUGUGACCGCCGCGUCAGCCCUGACGCCACGUCCACAACGACAACCUGUCCUUUUAAUACAAACUAGUCCAUGUUCGUCUGUGUAUGAAGCUGUCGGAGGGUUUUACUGGCUUUAAUUUAUUGUCUAAUUUAUACAAACCUGGGACAGAAGUGUAGUUUAGUUCAUCCUCUGACACCGAAGACAGAAUCAGAUUUUCUUUUUUUAAAUUUGUUUUUCAGUAUUAAACCCGCUGUAACGUGCUGAUUUAAAUAAGGGUAUUGUUUUUAUUUUGUAGGUUUUCAUUGGACGAGGACACACCAUGAAUCCACAGUUGCCAUGUUUUUAGUUCCUUCACACACAUUAACACCAAUACCGACGUCAACGAACUGGAACUCAGUGUCGUCGUCAUGUUUGGUUCAUAAUGUUCAUUUGUCUGAUGUGAUUUUUGUUUUUUUGUCUUGGAAGAGCCAAAUAGUAUUUCAUUGGAUUGUAAUAAACUCUUAAGCUCAUAU